AUGUUCAAUAGUGGAUUGAACGAACGCAGUUCGUUCAAUUUGGAGAACAGCGAAGAGCUAAGGAAAAUGGUCUUGAAGGAGGUGCGCCUGCGCACAAAGGUAUUACAGUCAAGUGAGAAAAUGAAAACCACAAAAUGUGGAGGGUAUUGUAGCGUUUUGAUUGGAGAUGAGGUACCAGGUAAGCUGACCGUGUCAACGUUACCACCAAUGACAGACCAGUUUAUGUCAAUUGAAUAUAUGUUGAACCUCGUCGAGAUCUUUUUGGACGACUCAGAAGUGGUAAACAGUGUUAUUUAUUGUGUCGCGAUCAUGGUUUUAGACACAAACAACCGCGUGGUAUUCCAGCAGAAAAACGGACUUAUGACCGUCCAAAAAGCAGUUGAAAAAUACAAGCAAAACAUUGUUGUUCUCCGGUGUUGUUGCUCGGUGUUUGCAAACGUUGGGCCAUACAUCAUCGACUUGCCAUCGAUUACCCUUGUUGAGGAGAUGUCAAAACUCCACCCGUAUGAUCAAUUUAUUAAAACCGCUCUCUGCGCAGCGUUUGCGAACUACGCCCGAGUCAACCCAACCUCGGUCAUUGAAAAUGGAAUUAUCGAGAAGAUGAAGCCACUUUUAUGUGACUCGAAUAUAGAUUUACAGUACUCAGUUCUCGCAGCGUAUUCCAACAUUGCCAGAAACUCUACAAUUGGACAAAAGAGGUGCAUUGACAAUGGAAUUCAUGAGGUGGUGAUGAACAAACUACUCCGGACAGAGUGUAAUCCACAAUAUUGGAGGGUUGCAUGUAACACUUUGGGUUGUUUCGCAGUUAAUGGACUCGGUUUUGAGAGUGUAAAAGUCGUCAAGUACGCGAUUGAAAGCGGGUUCGUUGACAAAAUCAUUGAUGUUCUUCACAUCGUAAGCUUCAAAGAUUCCGACGAAAAGGGGUACGAGCGUAUGUAUGGAUGCCUUGCAAAAUUUGCCAUAGUCAGAGCGAUUAAACGCAUCCCACGGCUCUCUUGGCUCAGUUUUCAGUGUUGUAAAAAUCCUCGGUUAAUUCCAGCAGCAUUUGCCAAAUUUUAUCUCAAUGAUGCGUUCAAGUGUCAUGUAUGCAAAAAGCCCUGCGACCCGCUCAUCAUCAGAAGUAUCAAAUUUCAAGACAAAUUGGUUCUGAUGUCUUAUUGUUCGACCACGUGCUGGGGUAGAAGGCAUGAGUGCUGA